UUGUCUCUUUCAGUAUCUCACUUUAGAUUGAACAUUUCAAUUCAUAUUUUCCAUAAAUUCUCUCUUUUUCGCCGUUUCUCUUCCAAGAUUUCAUUGCAAACAGAGGUAAAAUGGCGAUCUCUGUCCAAAAUCUGCUCAAAGAAAAGAAAUUCCCAUUCAUUUUCGCUUUCUUUGCUUUGCUCAUUUGUGCUACUUUGUUUCUGUAUACAAACGACACUCGUUUCUCUUACUUCUCUCUUUCUGACCUCCAAAGACAGUCUAAUCCAUCUUCUUCCCCGCCAGAGCAACCGCAACCGCAACUCUCCAAUCCUUCUCUAGCCCCACCACCACUACCCUCCGCUGAUUCUGUCAUCAUCAUUAAUACCGGCCAGGGGAAAAGAAUUCUUGAUAAGAGUAGUGCGGUUUUUGAUCACGAUGCAGAUAAGAUUAAGAAGAUAAAGUGGGUUCUGUGUAAAGGAACUGUGGCGGUUGAUUAUAUACCGUGUUUGGAUAAUUCUAAGGCUUUAAAAGAACUUACUUCAAGAAAGCAUAUGGAGCAUAGGGAGAGACAUUGUCCCAAACCAAGUCCAAGGUGUUUGCCGCCGCUUCCUGAUGGGUAUAAGCCGUCCAUUCGAUGGCCUAAGAGCAGGGACAUGAUUUGGUAUAAUAAUGUCCCUCACCCUAAGCUUGUUGAUUACAAGAAGGAUCAAAAUUGGGUGCAAAAGGAGGGUGAUCACUUUGUUUUUCCAGGAGGUGGUACUCAAUUCAAGGAUGGAGUAACUAAUUACAUUGAUUUCAUUGAAAAGACUUUGCCAAUCAUUCAGUGGGGAAAGCGCACAAGGGUAGUUUUAGAUGUUGGUUGUGGAGUUGCUAGCUUCGGUGGCUAUUUGCUAGAGAAAGAAGUUAUUACCAUGUCCUUUGCUCCAAAGGACGAACAUGAAGCUCAGAUACAAUUUGCACUGGAGCGAGGAAUUCCUGCUAUGCUUUCUGUCAUUGGCACACGAAAGCUGCCAUACCCUAACAAUGCAUUUGAUCUAAUUCAUUGUGCACGAUGCAGGGUUCACUGGGAUGGUGAUGGUGGAAAACCACUAAUGGAGCUCAAUAGGAUACUCAGGCCUGGAGGUUUCUUUGUGUGGUCUGCUACGCCUGUAUAUCGUGAGGAUGAGAAAGAUCAAAAUGUUUGGAAAUCUAUGGUAAUUGUGACAAGUGCUAUAUGCUGGAAGGAAGUGGCAAAGACUACAGAUUCGACAGGAAUUGGGCUCGUAAUAUAUCAGAAGCCUAUCUCAACUUCAUGCUAUGAGAAUCGCCAAGUACAUGAGCCACCUUUGUGUGAUCAAAACGAUAUGCAAUCUGUCCCAUGGAAUGAGCCUCUCAGUAAAUGCAUUUCAAGGCUUCCAGUUGAUGAGAGCAAUAGCCUCAUCGGCUGGCCUGCACGAUGGCAUGAUAGAAUUUACAGUGUGCCUCCAAGCCUGUCAACCCAACCAAAUGCUAUAAAAACAUUUCAGAGUGAUUCCAAACAUUGGUCGACUAUCGUAUCUGAUAUUUAUCUGAAUGCACCUGCGAUAAACUGGACAACCGUGCGGAAUAUAAUGGAUAUGAAUGCUGGCUAUGGAGGAUUUGCAGCAGCAUUAGUUGAUCUUCCUUACUGGGUAAUGAACGUCGUCCCCGUGGACAUGGAAAAUACUCUGCCCAUUAUUUUUGAUAGAGGGUUAAUCGGAACUUAUCAUGACUGGGCUGAAUCAUUUAGCACCUAUCCUCGAACGUACGAUCUACUGCAUUCAAGCUUCCUCUUCAAGCACAUAACACCAAGAUGUGAUAUGGUAGAUGUAGUUGUGGAGGUGGAUCGAAUCGUGCGACCUGGUGGAUAUGUUGUGAUUCAAGACACCAUGGAAAUGAUUCAUAAGCUUACGUCGAUAUUCAGUGCUCUCCGGUGGUCGACUACUCUGUAUAAAUCACAAUAUCUCAUUUGCAAGAAAAGUUUUUGGCGUCCCAGCUGAUUGCAGAAUCAAAGCAUUGGCAAAAAUGAUAUUUCCGCUUGCAGUGUUUUUUUUUUUUUUUUUUUUUUUUUUUUUUUUUUUUUUUUUUUUUUUUUUUAAA